ACUGGAGGCAGUGGUGUGCGAAGCGGCGUGGUGGUGCGGGAGUGACUCAAAGUUAGGCUGAAAGCAGGAACAACCUUUAAUACCAAGUAGAUUUACAUGGAUUCCAAUUGCCUUCGGAGUGACUGAUUGCCUCAUAGUUGGUUUGGGAGGAGAAGGACCAAGCCAGGAACUGAAGAGAGGAAGGCAGGAUAAUGGAUUAAAGCAUUACUCGAUGAAUACAAAGAAAAAGAACGAGCAUUGAUGGCCAAUUCGUGGAGUAAAUGUCCCUGUGUGAAAAGCUAAAAAAAUAAGGUUACAUAUAUAUUAUAGAAAAGCCAAGGAUAACUAACUAAGGCCUGCGCAUUAACCCAGUGCUCGAUACACGAAGAAAAGGAACGAGAAUUGAUGGCCAGUUCAUUGGACAAAUAUAACAGUGUGCGAAGCUAAAGAGAAAGUUAUAGAUAUUAUAGAAAAGCCAAGAAUAACUAAGAGGUGAGAGGGAAUUCUGCGGACAAACCCAGUGGUAGAUAAACACACACACAAAAAAGGAACGAGAGGUGGCGGCCAGCGUCGCAGUGCUCGGGGUAAAGAUCAGUGUGUGUCUAGACGAGAAGUUACACAGAUAUUACGGAGAGGUCAUCAAUAAUUAAGGACGGAAAGGAACAUCAAGGGACACACGCAGCCACCAAUGAAUGCCAAGAAAAGGAACUAAGCGUGAUGGCCAGAGUUUAAGAGGAGUGAAAGAUCAGUUAGAUGUGCGAAGCUUGGUGAAAUAUUAUAUAGAGGUUACAAACAGAUUAAAGAACAACGCGCGGUGACACUAAUUCUAGCUGAGUCAAGUGUGUGCCAAGCUUAACAGGAAGUCACAUAUAAAGAAGGGAAGUCGCAUUAUCGGGAAGAAGUUAACUGGAGGGGAUCACGCGAGUAAAAGGAACAACAAAUGGUGGCCGGAAAAGCAAUGACGUAAAGAUGAGUAAUAUGUGCGAAGGUAAACAGUAAGCUACAUAAAGAUACAGAACCCCAAAAUAACUAAGUAGAAAAAAAGAAGCUCAAGGGACUCACACGAUACACGAUAAAGGCGAAGAAAAAGUACAGUGAGUGGUGGCCGAGGUUUCAGUGGUUCCAAGCUAAAUAGAAAAGUUACAAAGCCAUUACACAAAAAUUAAGGAGAAGAAGGAAACCCAGUGAACUCAUGCAACAUUCCACUGAUGCAGAAGAAGAACCAUGCAUUAGUGGAUACAGUGUUAAUCAUGUCAAGCUAAAUAUAGGGUUACAAAGACACCAUAUAUAAACUAAACAGAAGAAAACCCCAAACUCACGCGAUACUUAUUCAACCCUUGGGAAAGGAUAAACACGUGAAGGCCAAUUAAGAUGCGGUAAAGAUCAGAGGACUUCAUUUGAUUCUCUAAGUACAGUACACACAUAUAUGCAAUUCACCGAGGAUACCACACUGGAAGAUCUAUCAACACACACGAAGCUAAAGAGAAAGCUAUAAAAAAAGAUCACAGAGACGCUACAGAAGAAUAAAAGUGUUUCUCUGAAGGUGACCGAGGAGGAAGGGGCGAGUGGUGGUAAGGUGGUGGUGGAGAUGGAGGCGGUGGAGGCGGCGGCGCAGAGGCGGGGAAGCAGAGACAGCACAUCACGUGAACUUGGGACGACUCCGUUGAUGACAGGGAGGAAGCUGCAGGCGACGGUGGUCAUGAAGGAGGCGUGGGAGGAAAGCCGGCUCACCAGGUCCUCGCAGCCGCCGCCGCCCCACGAGCCCGAGGACUCCGACGGCUGCUGCUGCGACGACUCUGCCUCCUCCUGCUGCUGCUGCCCCACGGCCUGCAAGAUAUUCCUUAAGUACACGGUCGGCAGGUCCAUACAGCUGUUCCUCUACGUGCUGGACAUUGCCACGGACGUCAGCUUGGCAGUGGCGGAUUAUCGAAAUGGCGACACCACCUUUGCGUUCAUCAACCUCGCUCUGGUCUUCACCCCUGGCUUCCUGUUCGUGAUGUUCGCCCUCACGGACAUACUCAGCAACAACACGGGGUUCCUGGCGUGCAGCAAGGCCUUCCUCUGGUUCUUCAGCUUCCCUCUCCUUCCCUUGUGGCCGGCUGUCCGAGACCUGCAAAAGAUCUACCACAGCGUCAUGGCACUCCUCCCGGGGGCGCGCGAGGAGCAUCUGGCACAUCUCAACAGGCCCACGCGUUCCUACCUCCUGAAAUUCCUAGAAGCGUUCACCGAGGCAGCUCCGCAGAUUCUCCUCCGCCUUUACAAGAUCGCCCUACGCCGCCAAGAGCUUCCCUUCUCCAAGAUCGAGACGAUGGAGGCUGUGCAGGUAUCCUUCUCCCUGCUCACCCUGGCGUCUAAGGUCAUCUCCACCUACCAGAAGAGCGUCACCACCCAGCAGAUCUUCGACGGCGAGCUGGAGGACCACGAGCGAUUCAGACUCCCGUGCUGCGUCCAGGUCCUCGGGUUCCUGUGGUGGGCGGCCUUCCUGGUGGCGCGCUUCGAGGUGAUGGCGCUGUUCGCGGGUUCCCUCCACGGCUGGCUCUUCCUGGUGAUCGGCGUGCACGUGAUCCUCGUCUUCCUCUUCCAAACAAUCGCCACCACCAAGAAGGGCCUGAAGAGGGUGUUCAUCUACCUCUUCACCGGCUUCAUCUUCAUCUUCGCCUACCUGGAGUUUAACAUGAAGUCCAGGAUCAAGGUGGCGCCGUGGUUCCCCUACACGGUGUACACAGUGCUGGUCUUCAUCGAGAACUCCAUCAUGCUGGUGGUGUGGUUCUCGACGCAGAAGGCCUUCACCGCCACCCUGCCCGAGGACGAUCAGGCCCUCUACACGGCACACCGGGAGAGGCUCAUCUUCGUCCACUACGGUGCCUUCUGCUUCGGGCUCAUCAUGAUGAUCGCCACCUUCUGCUGCCCGGAGAGAAGAAACCAAGCCCAGGACAAGGGGGUGGAGGACAAGGAGAUGCGGCCCUUGCCUGUUGUUCCCUCUUGAUCGCUGUCUCGUCUAACACUACUAGCCUAUUUUUAUUUCAUUAGUACCGUUGUCAUUUGCUGCCCCUCGAUAAGAGACCACACUCAGGCCAGAGGAAUGCGUCCAUGCUCUUCAUAGCCCCCUGAGCACCGUCUCCUAUCUAUGUCUACGAGCCUACAUGUAUUUCUCAAUAUUUUUUAUGACAAUCCCAAAUUCCCAAGGCUACGUCGGCAGGUCCUCCAGCCACCUGUGACACUGGGCCCACACGCCACUAAACGCUUCUCAGGAAAACUUUGGUGUCACAACGUGUGGCCGCCUAUAAACAUACAGCUGGAUAGGGACAAUGACAAUUAUGCAUUUUUUUUACCCAUGCUGUAAUAUUUUUUACAACACAUCUUUUGAAAAAUAUCUUUCAACUUUACAUACUAAAGUUUUUUUUUUUUUUCAUCGCAGUGCGAUGAUGUAGUGUGGGCCCCAGGCCAGGCUACAGCUGAAGACCUGUCCACAUAGGCCUUGGGUAAUUCUAGGUAGGAUUGCAUCGUUAACCUCUUGACUUUGAUCACCCAACUGACCACAGACAAAUUCGACCAGUCUCAUGAGGCCAGGCUGCUAUUUUGGUGGGGUUAGGUUUCUACCCCUCUGCUAUGUUAAGCAGUUUGGUCUUUUUUAUGCAGUCCUACUGGCUAAAACUACCAUUAUUAUUUAUGAAAUAGUAAUUACCUGAAUGUUUGAUUUCGUUUUAUUAAGUGUAACAUCAAUGUCUGUAAAAAUGUGUAUUCCUAUGUGAUGAAGUUUGUCAGUAGCUGCAGCCCUUAUGAGUAAUGUUGCACUUGGUUGCUCAUUACUAUUAUAACAAUUAUUUAACGGUGAUGUUCCAAACCUCGUGAUACAUGUUUCCUAUGAAUGAACGAAUGGAUGAUAGUGUUUCCUAUGUAUAAAAGUAACUGUGCCUAACAUUUAGUAUGUAGCCAAAAUGUUUCAUAUAUAAUAAACAAUAUUUUGUGAUAAAAAUAAGGUAAUACUGUCACAUAGUAAACAGGACGUAGCUUUCUGCAAAGAACUACCUGUGUCCAUGUAGCUACCUUGGUGCUGUGUCCCAGAACACCCGUGCUUACCUGCAGCCACCUGAUGUGUGUGUGUGUGUGUGUGCCCUGCUUGUGGUCACACUACUUGCGCUGCUGGUGUUGGCGGUGGCCUGCAUCAGGGACAGCCAAGGUUGUGUAGACCCUGGAGGUGCUCAGCUGUAAGGACAUGGGUGUAAUGUCUUCACCAAAAAAUAUUACUGUAUGUAAUACUUUU